CUCUCUGUCUGAACUCUACACAUUCUUCCUCUCUCUCAAUCUUCCUCCUUCUCUCUUUUUGUUCCCUUCACGUCCUUCCUCUUCCUUCCUCUCCGUACUUCUGCUCUGUCCCGUUUACCUCCGUCUAAUCUUCCGCUGACCUUUAUAUUGCAGCAGUCCCGACUCACUAAUUACACACCACACAGCACUGGCCACAGCUCACCAUCGAAGCAAUAAUAAUACUUUCUGUCUAUAAUCCUUCCCUCCGACGACUGAUCGCAAAUGGCCUAUCCAUGUCCAGUCUUUCCGAACGCUUCAUCGUUGUUCGUGCACAGUGGCAACAUAUUAAAUUGGAAUCGACUUAAGAAAAAACCAUUACAGAGUCAACAAGAAGAGUUCAUUGAAAGUGUGAAGGGAACAUUAUCAUCAUUCCUUGAGUCAUCACAAACGGACGCUUUGCAGAACAUUCCAAAACUCAACUGCAUCCAUUCUGAACUUAAAGAAUCUUUACCAAAGGAAGAACGGUCAGAACUGAAAUUAACAGUGAAAAUAUUUUUAUACAACAAUCAACCUGCGACAAUUGUCAGAGAUGCAGUUGAGAAAGUUCUCAGUGAACUUGAUGUGGAAUACAUAGAAACUGUUUUGCUAUCGUGGCAUGCUGAGUUUGGUGAAGAUGAAGAUGAAGAUGAACUAAGAUUAAAGCACUUGCAGCCUUACUGGGAAGUCCUGCAAGACUUACAUGAUGACGAUCUCUUACUUAAUGCUGGAGUCUCUGACUUGGACCGAGAUCUUUUGGAAGAAUUAUAUGAUUGGGCAAAGGUAAAACCCUGUAUAAACCAAGUGAACUUAGCCAGCUGCUGUACCAUGCCUCCUGAGUUGAUUGAAUAUGCCAAGGCUACAGACAUCCAGUUACUCACCCACAAUGACCCCAAAGCCAUGUUUCCUGAUGCAACGCUUCAAGAGAUCAUCCGAAACUAUACCACCCAGAUGGAUUCUGAGAACUGGUCAAUGGAAUGGGCCGUGUGCUAUUCUGUUGUUGUCAAGUGCCGAGGGGUUAUCAAAGCUAAAGGAAACAUGAUCACAGCAAACAGGCCCACCCAGAAUUCUCUAAAGAUAACCAAGACUGAUUGACUGAUUGACUGAUUGAUUGAUAACAGAUCAAAAUAUUCGCUAACAACAAUCAAAGUCAAGUUAAAGAAAUUACAAUUUAUUUGUUGACUAAUUUUUAUUGGUAAAUAGAAAGUGUGUGGAUGAUUGUUGGAGUAAAGGUGGACAAAUUGUUCAAAAUGUGUUGUUUUUUUUUUUUUAUAUAUAUCUUUUAGUACAUGACUGUGAAUAGGACAGAAUUUGUUGGGUUAUUGUUGUUUUUUAUUAUUAAUUAUGAAGGUUGUUGGAAUAGCAGAAUCAUUAGAGUGUCACAGUGUCAGAACAUGUAUAUUGCAGUGUUUGUUCCGACGCUUCAUAUUCAGAGUUCAAAUCCCACAGAGAUCAACUUUCCCUUUCAUCAAACUGGGACUGGUAAAAAUAAAGUACCAGGCAAGUACUGAGUGUUGAAUCAUCAGCAAAACCAUACAGCCCCCCCCCCCAAA